UACCGAAGAGAGAGCAGACUUCGAGAACCCCUACAGGCGCAAACUACGGGCAAGAGGCCCUGGCUCCAUUAAAGGCGAAUUCAUGACCCCCAAGUUGGCCAAAAAGCGGAGCUUCCCGAAAUGCAAUGGCGACCAGCCGGAUGCCAAAAAAGCACUGCUCUUUGAGCGAUUUGUAUCGAUAUACGAAAGAGAAAUAAAAUCGACGCCUGAAAUCGCAAGUAGUCAAAGCCGCAAACAAAAUUACCAAAACAAUAUCGCAUCCGAGAUGUCCGCAGGAGCGAGCGCAAAUCCGGAGGACAGCCUGGUCAAGUUGAUUAACGACUGCAACCUGGAGGACAAUGGCGACGCACAGGUAAGCUGUCACCCAUCGGUCAGCCCGGCCAAUCAAACUGAAUUCCAACUGGUUCAUUUCAUGUUACCGUGCAAGACGCCCCAAUCCCAGGCCCAAGUGGAGCCCAAUCACAGUGCUUCAUUUGCGAGCGGCGACAUCAGCGGCGGAAGCAAUAUACUGUCCGAUGAUUCCCGUGCUUCGCCGUGCAGCUUCCUCCACUCGUCCGAGAUUUGUAACUCCUCUGAAUUCGAGGAUCUGGCCAAGGAGUUCGUCAAGGACUCGUCAUACUUCGAACUCUCCCUUGAUUCAGACAACCGCACUCCUCGUUCCGAGAGUAGCGACAUGGAGACGCCGAGGUCAGCCGUGAAGCGUCACCCGCCGGUGACCAACGGCGAUGGGUUGGCCAAAAGGAAAUCUUACCGAAAUCUGAACGACAUGCCCACGCCCUCGAAUCCGCCCGUGGUGACGCGCAGUGGUCGUGUUGUAGUUUCGCGGACAAACCAGCAGUUUGUCUACUCAUCCUCCCAGUCGAAGGACGAUGACGAGGAGAACUCCGAUGAUUUGUCGCUGGAUGCCGACGACGAGGAGUAUGAGGGAGAUGAUUUCGAGCAGCCCAAGUGGACGGGUCGCAAACGACGUAGCUUAAGAAACAGCAGCAGCAGUGCCUGCAGCACCGAUGGCAGCCACUCGUCGCCGGAGACGGUGCCUCCGCUGGUCUAUCUCGAACUGGGCGGUAAGGUCGUGAUCGUUAGGGAUGCGCCACAGCCCAACAUCGUACUGGAAGACGAUGAGGAACUCAAAACGAAGAUGCACAAGUUUUUGGGUCUGAUUGCGUCACGUCGCAAGCUUUACAAUCCUGAGGAGGAUUGUAAUUUGGAUCCGGAGAAUAAUAAUGAGAACAAUGAGAAGGAAGUCAACCUAUCGAUUACUCGUAUGGCCUAUUCAUCGCCCACGUCUGAACCAAGUCCACUUACUCCAUCACCCACUUGGUCAAAGCUGAAUUUAUCGCAUAUUCACACGCCGACAAUGGAGGAGCGCCAGGCUAAAAUCAGGGAUGACUUUGUGCUAAAUGCCAUUGUCCACUCCUUUGAGGAGGACACUCCGAACUCGGUCAAGGAGCCCAUUGAUCUAAGCGAUCUUCCAAACAAGAAGGAGAUAGCCACCAACUGCCGCCGCCACAAGAGCAGUGUCGCCUGCCUGGAGCGACAUCCACAUUUCUACGGAUUCGUUCAGUCGCUCAGUCCGGCGAUCUCGAUCAACAUGUGCCAUCCACUGGCGCUCAAAUACCGACAGACCGAUUUCAUCCAAUGCAAAGUGCCAUUGGCCAAGGCGCUGUUCAACAUGUUCAACCACGCGAUCUUCCACUGCGGCCUGCAGGUGCCAAUUGUUUGGAAGCACUCCAUGAACACGCGCUGGAAAUGCGAGCUGACCAUCGAUGCCUCCGGCAAGCGCACCGCAGAGAUUCUCCUACUGCGCAGCUUGGAUACGGCGGCCGAGCUCAUCCAGCCCCUGCUGCAUGAGAUGUGCCAUGUGGCGGCUUUUGUGUUCAACCGGGAGCUAGGUCACGGCGACAAUUGCCGCAGAUGGGCCUACCAGGCGAAGAUGGCGUUCCCGGAGAUACCCACCAUCGACGACUGCAUUGGUAGCUUCAAGUAUACGUGCACCAUGUGCACUCGCUGCUCCUACGGCGUGGCUGACUGGAAAUCGCACAAACUGCGCUGCUACUACUGCCAGUUCGAGGUGACCGUGAAGCCCUUUUGCAAGAAAAACAUGUACGACGGCGUCCGGUCGGAUACGACGAUGACACCGUUCAAGUGCUUCAUACGGGACAAGUAUUUGAAGCUGGGCGAGGAGGGGGGCGCCAAUCACUCCUCGAAGAUGGCGCUGCUCAACGCGGAGUUCGUGAAGAUGAACGCAACGAGGGAUUAGAAUGCAGCUGCCUAGCUGCUGACACUUCUGACAAUUUGCAGAAUAUAUUUUAUAAGUACUAUACGAACAACCAUUUUGGGCACCACAUGAAUGCAGGAGCCCACUGUAAACGCGCUGUGACCUACUUAACUUAUACAUUUAAUACAAACCCUUACAACCUGUACAAUGGCACUGGCCCGGAUUACAACGAGUUCGGCAGCUUGUCUAUACUGUGUAUAGACAGGUAUAUAUCUUUAUGUUAACUGACUAAUUACAUGUGAAUACUAACCUUAGUACCACGGGAACGCUGGUGGCCUUAUGAGAAAUACGCUGUGCUAUGCAUAUCGCUAUUUUCAAUGGAAAUCAAAAGAGAAAUCAAAGCUAUUUUAAUAUGAGCAACAAUCAUUGUUACAUGUUCGAAUGAAAGUCGUUUUUUUGCGUUUGAUGUUUGUUUUUGUACGCCCACUUGUUAUCGGCGCCCCAAAAUAAAAACAUCAACGAUACAAGUACACCAA